UUUUAAUAAUAAAUUGGAUUUAUUAAUUAAAACGAAAGAAAAAUAAUGGCAUCCAUACUGCGCACGGGAAAACUCUUGCGUUGCUUUGCCGGCUUCACGCGCAACGUCGUCGUUAACUCAGUCCGCGAUUGCGACGGCGGCAAUUUGUUGCAGAACGCACCUUGUAUGUGCGGCCAGUUUCCGAAUGGUUUUGCGAACAAUGCAGCGCCCAAGGCAGAGUUGAACCUGGAUAGACAGAUCAAGCGUCUGGAUCAUGAUGUACGACGCAUUGGACGCAUUUCACGUCGAGAUCUAGAGGAGGUGUUGGACGAGAUUCGAACGCACCGUACGGCUACGAGCUCACAAUCUUUGCUUGUCAUUCGCUGCUGUGGCAAUUUGGUGCCUGAGGAGCUGCCCGAGGUGCGCACAGCCCUGGUUCAGGACAUCUGGAAGACACUGAAUGCACUAAAUGUGCCCAUGGACAUCUCACACUACAACGCUCUGUUGCGUGUAUAUCUGGAGAAUGAACACCAGUUUGCACCUACCGAUUUUCUGGCUGAGAUUGAGGCUAAGGGCAUUGAACCGAAUCGAGUCACCUAUCAGCGUCUAAUAGCGCGCUAUUGCCAACAGGGCGACAUUGAUGGCGCGACUCGCAUCCUGGAGUUUAUGCGCGGCAAAAGCUUGCCUGUAAAUGAAAACGUAUUCAACUCCUUGAUACUGGGACACUCGCAGGCCAACGAUUUAGAAUCGGCGAAAGGCAUCCUCAGCGUGAUGAAACAGGCGGGUCUGGAGCCUAGUGCCGACACCUACACCACCCUGCUUUGCGCAUUUGCGCGUCACGGCGACAUUGCGUCCGUUACAGAGACGCUGGCCGAGUGUGAGCAAAAGGAGAUCAUACUGCUGGACAAGGAUCUACUCGAUAUUGCUUACACCCUCAGUGUACAUGGCAAUGGCGACAAAGUGGACGCUGUGCUGGCCAAGCUGCGCAUCUCGCCCGGCUUCAAUCAGGAUGCUGUCAACAUUAUCUUGCGUUUGGUUAACAAAGGCUACGAGGAUGUGGGUCUGAAGCUGCUCCGUCUGAUGCCACGAGGUACACGUGUUAAUGGUGAGCCCAUCGAUGUGGGUGCCUUCUAUAUACGGCAGCUGGUCAAGGCGAAUCGGCCUGUGGAGAAGAUAUUGAGCAUUUGCAAAACACUUCAAGCGGAAGGUUUGAAUCCUAAGGCCUUGACAAUCGCCACCGAGGCGGGCUUGACCAAUGGAGUGGUAAAUAAUGCGCUGCCUCUGCUACAAGAGAUGAAGAACGCCGGCUUGCCUAUACGUCAGCACUAUUUCUGGCCUCUGAUAUGUUCCGCGGAAUCGAAUCAAGUUCUGGAAAUUGUGCGUCGCAUGCAGCAAGAUUUUUCCGUCUUUCCCAACUCGGAGACCAUUCGUGAAUAUGUCAUACCCAAUCUAAAAGAGAAGAACUGGGACCGUAUUGUAACAGCUCUUCGUGAUGCUGGUGUUCCCAAUUCAACUGCAGUUACAUCCGCCGUCUAUUCGGCUUUGGUCACUCAUCAGAUAUCAGAUGCCGCCAGGAUUAUGGAACAGAAUCGUGCCUACUAUGUGCCUGCAAUAUUCAAACAGCCCAUGAUCCUAGCUCUGAGUAAUACCCAUGACUAUCCGGCAUUUAUACGAUGCGUGCGUCAACUUUAUGAAGGCCUUCAGGUGCGCGCUGCAAGCGACAAGCAAGUCAAAGAGGAGGAGGAGGCUGUGGCAGAGGAUGCAGCAGCUACGAUCAAUACCAACGAUCGCAACCCUGUGGAUGUAGUAGGAGCCCUAGUGUACGAUACUGCCAUCUAUUUCCGACACGAACGCGUGCUUACUCUAGAGAGGCUUUUGCCUGGGCUCGUGAAGCAGGGCUUGUCCAUAAGCAGCGGUAAUGCUACACGUCUCUCUGAACUGCUGGGCGCUGAAAUGACGCCCAAAAUAGCAGAAUUGCUGGGAAAAUUGAGUUCCGGCGAUCUGGAACCCGUACCACUGCCAGAUAGUGCGAAUCGUAAACGUGGUUUGGACUCUUUAACCAUUGAUGAAUUGGAGCGCUUUAUAGUCACCGUGGAGGCCAAGGGGGAGAAUUCAAACAACAUAAAACGCCAAUUGUUGAAUGCCUGCUUCCGCUCACAAAAUAUUGAGAAGACGUUGCAGGUCAUCGAACGUUUGCAAGCAGAGGAAUUCCAAAUUCCAGUGGGUAUUUGGGCUCAACUCGUGGAUUUAUAUACGCAUCACAAACGUACCGCCGAUGCUUUGGCCCAAUAUGCCAAAUUGCGGGGCGCCGAUCCAAAUUUCAAGCUGGACAAUUUCAAGGCAGUGCGUUUGGCUGAUCUCUUGCUGCAGGAGGACCGCACGGAGGAGGCACUUAAAUUGUUGGACGAGAACAAGAAGGAAUCAGUUAUCGGUGAGGGCGAAGGCAGUUUCAAUUAUGUGAGCACCUUGUGGCGCACUUUGAAUGCAAUUGCCGAGGCAGGUGAUGUCCAAAAACUACAGAGUGUCUUCGAUUCGCUUGUCGGUGGCAAUUAUGUAUUACCCACAAAUGUGCUUUUGGGACCACUUAUCAAGGUGCAUCUGAACAAAGAUGACGUGGCCAAGGCAAUGGAAACUUUCGAGAAUAUUUGUAAUAAAUACAAAUCAACUCCCUGGAAAAAUGAGUUGGCCUGCAGACUCAUCCAAAAGGAGGACGCGGGAAAUUUGCAGCGCCUCACAGAUCUGAGCACCGGCAUACACGGUGAGGUCAACAGUCUGUACGAUUUGGUCUUUUCCUUUGUGGAAUGCGGACGCGUACGCCAGGCACGCAAGAUCCUUGAGACUCCUGGACUGCGCACGCGUCCCCAACGCAUCAGCAGCGCCUGCGAGCGUUAUAAGAACGAGGGCAUGAUCCAGCCGCUGGAGGGUUUGAUAGAAGCCACCAAGGAUUUGGGGCACAUUGAUCGUAACAAGAUUUAUUAUACACUGCUACUUAGCUACGACAAAGCCAAUGAGGCGGAGAAGGCUUUGGGAUUAUGGACAAAGAUGCAAGAAGAGGCUUUUACGCCCACAGAUGCAUUCAUGCUAAGAUUGGCGGACCUUCUGAAGCGCCAGAAUAUUGAUAUACCUUUCGUGGUGCCCGAAACAAAGACUCAGCAGCGAAACAACAAGACGAAAGCGGCUCUGGCCAAGGAGCCCAGCAACACUGAAUCCGAGGCAGAGGUUCCCCGGCCACCUCCGGCAGCUAAAACGCCAGCACGCGAACCUGCCGCACCCAAGUCAAUAUCCAACAUCAGCGGCUUCCGAAAAGCCAUCCAAGCCAAAGAUAUUGAUGGCGCUAUUGCCUAUAAACAACGCUUCAUUAGCGGCGAUCGCGUCAGCGUGCUGGAUGCUUCACAUCUCAUUGAACUGCUGGUCCGUGCCGGGCGUUUGAAUGAAGCUACCAAAUAUGUGGAGGAAUUGCUGGAUGCGAAACAGUAUCCACAGCUCAAAAUAUUCAAAUUCUAUUUGAACAAAAUAGCCGCUGGAGGAGAUCUAGAGACUUUGCAACAGAUUGGUGGCAAGCUGAACGAUGAACAGAAGCGUCUGAUCUCCUUCGAUAAUCGCUACUGCCAUGCACAUAUUGUGGCCGGCAAGGCGGAGGAUUUGCUGAAGAAACUGACCAGCGACAUAAGUGCGGCGAAAACAGCCGAGGAGGCAGCCAAACUGGCGGAGAAGUUCCCUCGUGGCGGUGCUGUUGGCAUACUGGACAAGCAUCCCGAGUUGGUGGCGCAAUACGAAUCCCUCGCCGAAAAAUACGCCUCGCACAAUCAACUGGGUCCCAUGAAUGUGUUGUGGAUGCAUUAUAUUUCGACAGGCCAGGAGGUGGCCUCCAAGCAGAUCUGGGAUAAGCAUUUGUCGAAUGCCCCACGUCUGAUGUUCCAGCGUGUCCUGCAAACGGCUCGCGAACAGCAAGACGAGAAGCUCGUCUCCACUGUCAUCUCUCAGUUGCGAAACUCGAAGAUUUCGGAAGGAGCCAUCGGCAAUGCCUACUCAUGUCUGAUUGACAUACAAACGAACAAGGGCAAUACGGACAAGGCAAUGGAUGCCCUCAACAGUGCCAUCAAAGAUGUAUCGCUAGAGAAUAUCAAUCGCACGGCGUUGUUGCGUCUCAAACUGGCUGUCGAGGAGAAGUCACAGACGUUCCCCUACACAAUACCCGAGAAGAAGACAAAAGCCAACGAGUCUAGUUCCUCGUCAUCAAGCAGUGAUAGCGAUGAUGAUGUGAAGCCCAAAAUACCAGAGACAGUGCCGCCAAAACCGGACCAUCAGUAGGCCUAUUUCUCUAGUUUUAAACGAUCUACCAAUAACUUCAACGUAUUUUUAAUUGCAUUAAGAAGUAUGUGCUACAUUAUGUUGUAAACUAAAUACAUAUAACUGUUUUCGUUUUAAAAACA